CAGCCUCUAAUCAACCAAUUAAAAUAGCAAUCUGUAGCUAGUUGUGGUCAGUUUCUACAAUCGGGCGCUUCUAAUUAAAUGUUAAAUUUUCCAAACGGAAAAAUUUCCAACGCUCCCUGAAGAUGCUCGAUACGAAACUUUGCUUUAAUGUGAUCUGCGUCCUAAUUUUCUUCGUGCUUUGUAUCACUUCGACGGAAUCGCGCCAAGUGACGAAAAAAACAGUGUAUAACCUUUACACCAAACCAUCGAGUUACUCCUACCCUGUUCAAACCCUCCCUCGGGAUGAUUACCACCAACUUAACAAUCUCAAAAAUUUCACUUUUACGAUUCUUAAUAAACCUUGCAAUGGCACGAACCCAAUUCUUCUAGUAUUGGUUCACUCUAAUCCGACACAUUUCGAAAACAGGAAGGUGUUGAGGACGACUUGGGGCAAAAACAGUUUACAAGUGAAGGUUUUGUUUAUGCUUGGUUUGGUGAAAAACCACCGGUUGAAAGUUCAGAUUGAGAAAGAGAAUGAAGAGUUUGGGGAUUUGGUUCAAGGUUCGUUCCUCGACACGUACAGAAAUCUGACUUACAAACACGUUAUGGUGCUCAAAUACGCCAUCUAUCACUGUCCACAAGCGAAAUACAUUCUCAAGACUGACGACGACAUUUUCGUGAACAUGCCCCUCAUGUUGAAUUUUUUGACUAAGGAUUUGUCGCCGUUUGGCGGCGCUCGGAUGAUUUUUUGUAGUGUACUGAAAAAAUUGAGCGUUUCGAGGAAUGGGAGGUCAAAGUGGAGCGUCACCUUUCAGGAGUACUCUGGAAAAUGGUACCCCAAUUACUGCCAAGGCUGGGGUAUUCUCUACUCUCCAGACGUGGUUUUUGACUUGUACAGAGAGGCCCAAAAAACGAACUUCUUCUGGAUUGAUGAUGCCCUCAUCACGGGGACUCUUGCCGAAAAAAUCCAUUUAACACACGUUGAUAUUAGAGGUUUGAUGUUGAGUCGCAACGUUUUGCGUCAGCCGGCGCAGUUCAAAAAACCGUUUCUUUACGGGCCCUAUAAUUUGCAAAAUAGUGAGAUUAAGGCCCUUUGGGAGUACGUGAAAGGGCACGAAAAGCCAGUCUCGCUCCUUAAAUAUAUCGCGUGAUAACUAAUAAUAUACUAUCACAUUUGUUAUUAUUGUAGAGAAGAUACAGUUGUUAUUAAAGUAGAGUAUUUUAUUAUGGUAAUUGUUUCAUGUAGUGUUAUUUUCAGGAUGUUGAAAUUAUUGUUGGAACUUUGAUUGAUUUUAAAUUGUUACUUACCAGUAUUACCAUGUAUCUACUGUACACUUUAUUUAAA